AUGAGUAUCCCGAGCAAAAAUAGUGAAUAUACAAAACCUCAAAAGUAUGUUCCAGGACCAGGUGAUCCUGAACUGCCACCUCAGCUGUCCGAGUUUAAGGAUAAAACAUCAGAUGAGAUCUUAAAGGAAAUGAACAGAAUGCCUUUUUUUAUGACCAAGCUGGACGAAACAGAUGGUGUUGGUGGUGAAAACGUGGAGUUAGAGGCGUUGAAGGCAUUAGCUUAUGAAGGUGAACCACACGAAAUUGCUGAGAACUUCAAGAAGCAAGGUAAUGAAUUAUAUAAGGCAAAAAGAUUCAAAGACGCAAGGGAGCUGUAUACAAAAGGUAUAGCCGUGGAAUGUGAAGAUAAAUCCAUAAAUGAAUCAUUAUUUGCCAAUAGAGCAGCAUGUGAGCUGGAGCUGAAAAAUUACAGGAGGUGCAUCGAAGAUUGUAGUAAGGCCUUAACUAUCAACCCCAAGAAUAUCAAGUGCUACUAUCGUACAAGUAAAGCUUUUUUUAGUUUGAGUAAAUUGGAAGAGGCAAAAUCAGCGGCAAUAUUCGCUAACCAGAGUAUUGAACCAGAAAACAAGUCAAUUUUGAACAUGUUAUCAGUGAUUGAGAGAAAAGAACAAGAACUGAAAAUAAAAGAGCAAAAAAAGCAACAGGAAGCUCAAGAACGUGAAAACAAAAAAAUUAUGUUAGAGAGUGCAAUGACGCUAAGAAACAUAACCAACAUUAGAACCCACUCUCCGGUGGAGUUGCUAAAUGAGGGUAAGAUAAGGUUAGAAGAUCCAAGGGAUUUUGAAUCCCAAUUAAUUUAUCCGGCGUUAAUCAUGUAUCCCACGCAAGAUGAGUUUGAUUUUGUAGGUGAAGUCAGUGAGCUGACUACAGUACAAGAACUUAUUGACCUGGUUAUGGAGGGGCCACAAGAAAGGUUCAAGAAAGAAGGCAAACAAAACUUUACUGCAAAGAAGGUGUUGACAUUUAUGGAAACGAAGGCAGGUGGCUUGAUCAAAGCAGGAAAGAAGGUGACCUUUCAUGAUAUCUUGAAAAAAGAAACACCAGAUGUACCAUUAUUCGAUAAUGCUUUGAAGAUUUAUAUUGUACCUAAGGUGGAAAGUGAAGAAUGGAUUUCCAAAUGGGAUAAACAAAAAGCCUUAGAAAGAAGAUUUUUGUGA